AUGGCGGCAAAUGAGGCAUCUCCUCUUGAUGAGCUGGUUCGUCAGGUAUUGGAAAAAAUUGGAGCGAGUGUGACAGCGUGUACUGCAGCUCCUGUUAAUUCAUCUACUCCUGUUCCUGUGGGAGCGAUGCCGCAGUUUAGUGGGGCCGAUUUGGGCGACGACGCAAAUCUGUGGUGUACCAGGGUGGAGGAGUUAACAAAAGAUGUGCCGCAUCAGAGAUUAAGUCUCGCAACUCAUGCGCUUGUUGGUCCAGCGAAGAAGUGGUAUCAGGGAUGGGAAGCACAACCGUGUACGUGGGAAAAAUUCCGAGAAGAUUUGUGCGCAAUGUUUGUGUCUGAGAGGAAGUUACACGAUCGUCUUUUGCGUGCAUUACAAUACGCUAGUGACGGAGUAGUCAGUUAUGCUGAAUACGCACGUACAAAACUGACGUAUUUAAAACAAACGAGGGUUUCAUUUUCUGCCGCCGAAUUCAUCGAACUUAUUGUGACUACAAUUACCGAUCCAAAUGUGCGGCAGGCGAUGUUGAACGCACGAUAUAAUACCACGUCGGAUUUACUUGUGGGGAUAUCCGAAUACAAGAAGAUUCCUCGAGAAAAGGAGGAACAACACGAAGCAGAGAGAGCACGUCCUUUAUAUCGAAAGCGUUGUUACACCUGUGACAUUGUGGGCCAUACGUCUAGACAGUGUACCAAGAAACCACGGUUGGAUAGGGAACGUAGCCCUUUGAGACGGAAUUCGCCGAAACGUCACUCCCCAAAACGAAGUCCACCAAGGCGAGUUGUUACCUGCACUUAUUGUUCCAAGCGGGGACACGAGGAGGUAAACUGCUGGGCGAAAAGACGUGCAACCCGUGAGGACCAGGUAGCGAAGAAGCCGGACAUGAAUGACGGAAAGCACCAGAUGAAUGUCUGUUAUUCCGUCGACCAUAAAUUGACACCUGUUGUGAUACGCGAUAUUCUGGUUCGCGAUAGUUUAAUAGACAGUGGAGCAACGUGUUCUUUAAUUAAAGAACGAGUAGCCAGACGAGCUAAUUGCAAAAUAAACUCGUAUACAACAACGAUACGGGGCAUUUCGGACUCUACUGUAAAGACAGUCGGUAGUACGACUGUUGUGAUAGAAGUGGAUGGACUGUCGUUGGAGGUUGAUUUAUUUGUUGUGCCGGAUGAGUUUGUUCCAUACGACCUUAUCGUUGGAAAAAAUGUUUUGAGUUGUGGUGGGUUGCGGAUGGUAACCGAUUCGGACGGGACAACAAAACUUGAACGCGUGUCGGAGAAAAAUCGGAACGGUGGAGGACCAUCCGACCCGAUGUGCUGUAUCCUGGGGGAGGUAGCCGAGGAGGCUCGUAGCGGCUUAAGAGAACUGCUGGAACGACAUAAGGAUAUGAUUGCAGUAGGGAGUAAAGUGCGAUGCGUGAGUACAGGGCAAAUAAAAAUUGCUACAAAAGAGGACCGAGCGGUGAGUUACCAUCCUUAUCGUUUGUCUAUUUCGGAGCGAGAGAAGGUUCGUGAAAUAAUUUCUGAAUUAAUGACGAACGGGAUUAUUCGUGGGAGUACGUCUUCAUAUGCGAGUCCCAUUAUUCUUGUUAAAAAGAAAAACGGCGAGGAUCGUAUGUGUAUUGAUUUUAGGGCGUUAAACAGGAUUACGAUAAAGGACAAAUAUCCUUUACCUUUAAUAGAUGAUCAGUUAGAUCGCUUAGGCGAUGCCAAAUAUUUUACCACAUUGGAUAUGGCGUCGGGUUUUUAUCAAAUUCCAAUUGCGGAAGAUUCUAUUGAAAAGACUGCGUUUGUAACGCCCGACGGUCAUUACGAAUUUUUGCGAAUGCCGUUUGGUCUUGCCAAUGCACCAGCUGUUUUUCAACGAGCUAUUAAUAACGCACUAGGCAAUUUGAGGAAUAGUAUAGCAUUAGUUUAUUUGGAUGACGUUUUAAUUCCGUCCAAGACUAUCGAAGAAGGAUUAGAUCGCCUGGAGCAAGUUUUACAAGCUUUAGAUACGGCGGGAUUUUCUUUGAAUAUGAAGAAAUGUUUAUUUUUCAAAACACAACUAGAAUAUCUGGGAAGAGAAAUAUCGGGGGAAGGUAUUAGACCAGGUAGUGGGAAAAUAAAAGCAUUGUUGGAGGCGCCGGUCCCAAUCAAUGUAAAACAAGUGAGGCAGUUUAUGGGGUUAGCGAGUUAUUUUCGUAAAUUCGUUCCUGAAUUUGCUUCGCGGGCCUCAUGUAUUACGAAAUUGUUAAGACAGAAUCAACCUUGGUGCUGGGGUCCGAGUCAAGAGAAUGCACGUAAUUACAUUUUGGACAAAUUAAGUUCAAAACCGUUAUUGAUUAUCUUUGAUCCGAAGAGAGAGACUGAGCUGCACACCGAUGCUAGUUCAAUCGGUUAUGGGGCCAUAUUAUUUCAAAGAAUGGAUGGAGACCUGCGUGUCGUUGCAUAUUUUAGUCGGCGUACAACACCCGAGGAAUCUCGUUACCAUUCUUAUGAAUUAGAGACAUUAGCAAUAGUAAAUGCAUUGAAAUAUUUUCGUGUUUACCUUUUGGGUAUUAAGUUUAAAAUCAUUACCGACUGCAAUGCCAUAGAAGCUACCAGCACCAAACGUGAUUUAUUACCUCGUAUCGCUCGGUGGUGGAUUUACCUGAAGGAUUUUACUUUUGACCUCGAGUAUCGUAAGGGGAAGCAGGUCGAACAUGUUGAUUAUUUAAGUCGCAAUCUUUAUCACGACGAAAACUGUCAUGUUGGUCAUGAGAAAACAUACGAUCGAAUUUCAAAAAAAUAUUGGUUUCCGAAGAUGCGGGCAUUUGUAAGGAAAUAUUUAGAUCAUUGUCUUACUUGUAUUGUUUCUAAACGACAUACAGGACCGAGGCAGGGUCUUUUACAUUCCAUUCCAAAAAAAUGUAUACCAUUUCAUACAAUCCACUGCGAUUGUGUCGGGCCUUUUGAAAUUUCUAAGGAUGGAUAUCAACACAUUCUGGUAAUAGUAGACGCAUUCACAAAAUACAUUCAGUUAGUCCCGUUAAAAACCUUAAGCGGUUCCGAGACUUUACAAGUUUUUAAGGAACGAUUGACACUGUUUGGUACGCCCCGUCUUAUUGUUUUUGAUAGGGGUACAAAUUUCACAUUCAAACAAUUGCAGCAGUUCAUUGUGAAACACGGUAGCGAAGAUCAUUUUAUUGCUACGGGAGCUCCACGAGCUAAUGGUCAGGCCGAGCGCUAUGUAGCGACUGUAACUAACCUUUUGACAGUAGAGAUUAAAAAGGGGACAGAAUGGCCGAACAAACUAGCUAAGCUAAUGUUGACCUUAAAUACGACAGUACAGAAAACUACUGGUUUUUCACCGAGUCGUUUGCUAUUUGGGUUAGAUCAAGGCCCUGGCACAGUGGUGCGUAUUGAAGAACAGUUACCUCCUACAGGAGAAGAAAUAGAUGUGAUGCGCGAUAGAGACGUUGCAGCCAAACGAUUAGAGGAAAAUGCCGUGAAUCAAGAUGCUAGAUUCAAUAAAACGCGUAGAAAUAAUAUUGAAUAUAAGGAAGGUGACACAGUGUUCGUUAAACCUGGUGAUAAUAGGAGAGCAAAAUUAGAAAAAAAAUAUGUUGGUCCUUUCGCGAUUACGAAAGUUUUAAUAAAUGAUCGUUAUGAACUCGCAGGUAAAUCAGGUAGAACCCAAAUAGUACCCAAGGACCGGCUAAGGGUUUGGAAGGGUGAUUGGAGCGGCGAUUUUGAUGUCAGUGAUGAAGAUGUCGAAACCGCGGAUGAACCGUGUUAG